AUGAGACCUCCAAAGAAAUUCACUCCGCCAAAGUUUAUGUCGUACAAUAGGAAGUCGAACGCGUUGACGCAUAUUAGCCAUUAUAGACAGAUGAUGUCUCUAUGGAGCCGAGAUGAGGUGCUGAUGUGCAAAGUCUUCCCAUCCAGUUUGGGAGAAACCGGACUUCGACGGUUCGAUCGACUCCCCGCUGGAUCAAUUUAUGACUGGAAGCAGCUCUCCGAAGAGUUCUUAGCCAGGUUUGUCUCCAACACAAAGAUCCCGAAAGAGCCAGAUACACUGUUCGGUCUUCAAAAUGAGCAGGAAGAGAUGCUGCGCAGUUAUGCUAGGAGAUAUUGGGAAGAGUACAAUAACCUGGACGAAAACGUAUGCAGUGAGCAAAUGGUUGUUAUGCCUUUCAAACAUAGCCUGUGCCCGGAAAGUAAGUUGAGACAGUCACUUUCCAACUGCCUGACCACGGCAUUGAAAGAUUUGAGUGCCAGGAUUGAGCAGUACGCUUGCCUCGAGGACGACUAG